AUGUUUGGGAUGGCACUCGCAGAGAACAAGAGCCCGUUGCAGGCGGAUGACGAGUGUCAUGCAGAAGUGUGCGCUUUGCAUGCGCUGCAGAAGCGAGGUGUGGUCUUGGAGCACAGAAUGUCACCACCAGGCACAUUACCAGCAGACAAAGCCCCCGAUGUCCGGGAUCUCAAUGGCAACGAGAACCUCAUGCCACAAGCUUUCGUUGCCGCCGUGGCACGCGAUUGCGUCCAUGAGGCCCCUGAGAUUUUUGCGCGGCAGCGGGACUUCUAUGAGAUCAUGGAAAGCCCGCAGGGGUAUGCUCAGCGAGAGCUGCAGGCAGACCGCAUUCGAAGGAAAUGCCGCCAGCCCCAACCCCCUCAUCUUCAAAUCGUUGGGCAGCCAGGAGGUCCCCAUCGCGUGAACAUGUCGGCGGGAUAUGUGCAUGCGCCUCCGAUACACUCGGCCCCUAACCGCACAGCCCUCUUCAAGACAUGUUUCCUGGUCAUCUUUCGAGCAAAGAUCCAGCCAGCUCCUAAGGGCAUGCUCUUCGUCCACGAGGGUGGCCGAGAAGCUGGGAUUGCUAUGGGCGAAUCCACACUACUCCAUGUUGAGAGUUGUUACCAAGACUACUUGAAUGAGCUCCGAGACGUGGACCUGGUGUUCGUGGACCAGCGCGGUAUGGGUUUGUCCUUGGCUGGUUUGUUGAGCGUUUUGCUACCCCGACGUCUUUCAUCGAAUUACUUCCGAUAA